AUGCUCCCGCCGCCCCGGGACGUCCCGCCCCUCACACACGCGCUUACAUGUAGACGCACCGGGGACGCACCGAGGACGCACCGCGCACUCACCAGAGACGCACCGGGGACUCAUCGGGGACUCACCAGAGACGCACCGGGGACUCAUCGGGGACUCACCAGAGACGCACCGGGGACUCACCGGGGACUCACCAGAGACGCACCAAAGAAACACCAGAGACGCACCGGGGACGCAAACGGACACGCGCGGCGCGGGCGGCUCUCUCAGACUUGGAGGAUGUUCCCCAUGGGGCUUCUCUACGCGCUUCUCGCCGCCCUCACGGGGCUCGGGUCCGCGCUGCUGCUGCUGUUCGUGACGCGGCAGCUGUGGAGCCUCCGCUGGAGCCUGACCCGGGAUAAGGACUCCAAACUCCCGCUGCCCAAAGGCUCCAUGGGCUGGCCCCUGGUGGGGGAGACCUUCCACUGGCUCUUCCAGGGCUCCGACUUCCACAUCUCCCGCAGGCGUCGUCACGGCAACGUGUUCAAGACCCACCUCUUGGGAAAGCCUGUGGUGCGGGUCACGGGGGCCGAGAACAUUCGCAAGAUCCUCCUGGGGGAGCACACCCUGGUCUGCACCCAGUGGCCCCGGAGCACCCGCAUCAUCCUAGGGCCCAACACCCUGGUCAACUCUGUGGGGGACCUGCACAAGAGGAAGAGGAAGGUCCUGGCCAAGGUGUUCAGCCGUGGGGCCCUAGAGUCGUACCUGCCCCGGCUCCAGGAGGUGGUGAAGCUGGAGCUGCAGAAGUGGUGCAGCGAGGAGGGGCCCCUGGACGUGUACGCCGCCGCCAAGGCCCUGACGUUCCGGAUCGCGGUGCGCGUCCUGCUGGGGCUGCAGCUGGACGAGGAGCGGCUGCUGCUGCUCGCUCAGACCUUCGAACAACUCAUGAACAACCUGUUCUCACUGCCCAUCGACGCGCCGCUCUGCGGCCUGCGCAAGGGCAUAAAGGCCAGAGAGAUCCUUCACGCUCACAUGGAGAGGAUCAUCGAGGAGAAGAUGGAGCGCCCGCAGACGGAGGGGGAAUAUAACGAUGCCUUCGACUACAUGCUGUCGAGCGCCAAAGAGCACGGCCACACGCUGACGCUGCAGGAGCUCAAGGAGACGGCGGUGGAGCUGAUCUUCGCCGCUCACUCGACCACGGCCAGUGCCUCCACGUCUCUUAUCCUGCAGCUGCUGCGACACCCCGCGGUGGUGGAGCGAGCGCGGGCCGAGCUGGAGGCCGAGGGUCUGGGGUCCGAAGCCCAUCAGACCCAUGGCGCUGUCUCUGCGGACCCCCAAGACCCAGAGGGGCUAUCUGAGAGCAGUGGCCUUCUGAAUGGAGGGCCCCAGUCUGCCAGAGGGCCCCAGUCUGCCAGAGGGCCCCAGUCUGCCAGAGGGCCCCAGCCUGCCAGAGGGCCCCAGUCUGACAGAGGGCCCCAGUCUGCCAGAGGGCCCCAGUCUGCCAGAGGGCCCCAGCCUGCCAGAGGGCCCCAGCCUGCCAGAGGGCCCCAGCCUGACAGAGGGCCCCAGCCUGAGGUCCCCCUGUCCCACAUCCCUUACCUGAGCCUGGACAAGCUGAGCCGGCUGCGCUACGUGGACUGUGUGGUCAGAGAGGUGCUCCGGUACCUGCCCCCGGUGUCAGGGGGGUACCGCACCGCUCUGCAGACGUUCGAGCUGGAUGGCUACCAGAUCCCCAAAGGCUGGAGCGUCAUGUACAGCAUCCGCGACACCCACGAAACCGCCGCCGUCUUCUUGAAUCCAGAACAGUUCGACCCGGACCGUUUCGGACCAGCCCGGGAGGAGAGCCGGGCCUCGCGCUUCAGCUACGUCCCGUUUGGAGGCGGAGUACGGAGCUGCGUGGGGAAAGAGUUGGCUCAGAUCAUCCUUAAGACUCUGGCGGUGGAGCUGAUGGGGUCGAGCACAUGGACACUGGCCACGGAGGACUUCCCACAGAUGCAGACUGUGCCCAUCGUGCACCCGGUCAACGGACUUCACGUCAGAUUCCGACCCAACUCCUCCCUUUAG